CACCUCUUCUACAAGCUCACCGUUGACCUAUCUCCCCCUUUUUGUUCGCAGCAGUGCCUUUCUGCAGCUUGUCAUUGGCGAACAGUAUUUUCUACGUCUAGCUCUACCACGACGAAUUGUUGUCUGUGCCAAACAUAAGACCAAACCACCGUGUCCAACUCCUUUCCCCGCGGAACCACCGUCAGGAUAUAGUCUAUCUCCCCCAAUAAUCACACCAACGAAUUGUCAAUUACACUCUUCUCCCUCACCCAAUUCAAUCCACCGUACCAACUUCCCUACCUACCUACCCCACCAAAACAACCCCCCGAAAUCCACCAAGAUGUCCCAACUCAACUACCGCACAAUCAACAUCGACGUCCUGGACCCGGACUCCUCGAUCAACUUCCCGAUGGACACCCUGCUGCCCGCGACGCUGCCGCCGCCGACGACCUCCAGCGCCGCCGCCUCGGUGGCCAGCGAGGUGCGCCAGCUGCUGCGCGGCGGCGACCCGGAGGGCGCGCUGCGGCACGUCCUGGACACGGCGCCACUGGGCGGCGACGACCGCGCCAAGGAGGUGCACCUGGCGGCCGUCACCGAGGUGCUGCAGGGCAUCCGGCAGGGGGAGAUGAGCCGCGUGCUGGAGGGGGUGUGUACGGGGGAUGGCGGGGCGGAGCGCGCGGACUGUCUGAUGAAAUACUUGUACAAGGGUAUGGCAUCGCCCGUCUCGGGCGCCGGCGGCGCGCAGUCGCCCCGCAAAUCGGUCUCGCCGCAGGGCACGGGGUUCUCGCAGAUCCAGGGCCGUAACUUGGGCGAAGGCGGCGGUGGGCAGCAGAUGAGUGUGCUCUUGAGCUGGCAUGAGAAGUUGGUGGAGUUGGUUGGCACGGGGUCGAUUGUGCGGGUCAUGACGGAUCGGAGGACUGUUUAGAUUAUUCGUGUGUGUGUGUCUGUUUCGUGUGUUUAUAUUUUGCGUCAUUGAGGAUGAAUGUGGAUAUCCUUCGCUUUUAUGUUUGUCUUGUAUUACCGUAUAUAUUUUGGCCUCGUCUGUUUUGUCUUCCCCCUUCUCUUUCGCUAUUAUACAACGCUACGUCUACUUUUUUUGGGAAGAUCACUUGUUCUCAAACGACCCUCCCCCAAGGAUAUCCUUCAGAUUCAGCUGCCCACUGCCCCUCUCCAAUGGCUGCGCCUGGCCCGCCCCUUCCUUCCACCCGAUCAUAUAGAUCAACCGGAACGUGGCCGGGAUGCCGCGGGCGCCCUCCUCCAUGUGCAACUGGCGGUAGAUGGCCUCGUUAGCCAGCAGGACCUCGCGCGAGAGGGGCCCCAUCUCGCGGUGGAGGAUGGCGUUGCUCUCGCCCAUGGCCUGCAAAUCAGCCAUCAAGGAGAAGGUAUCGGGG